AUGGCACGACGAUCUAUAUGGAAGGGCAGUUUUGUUGACCUUUUUUUAAUGAAGAAAACAAGAGAGAAUGAAGUGAGCAAUGUAGGCUUGCGUAGCAGAGACGCCAAAAGCAGCAGUGCAGCCUUGCGUAGCAGUAGCACAGGCGUCACCAUUCUCAGGAAAAUUUGGUCACGUAGAUCUUCUAUUUCGCCGGAAUUCGUUGAUUGCGGAGUACGAAUUUACAAUGGAAAAACUCCUGUUCGUUGUCAGAUCACCGAAGGAAAGGUUGGUCAUAAAUUUGGAGAGUUUGCUUCUACACGGAAACGAAGACCUUCGAGAACAAAUAUUGGACCGGGAAGAAGGGGGAAAAAGUAA